GUUCAAUAACCGACCAGCAGCUCUUCCCGGAUAUCGAUGCUGUCAAAGGCUGUUAACGGUGCGUUGUGUUAGAAGGGAGCCUGCACUAUUGUUGGGAGAGGAAUUUGCCGCCUGCGAAUAAAUGUUGGAAACAAUGCGCUACUUUGGAUUCCGUCGGAGGUCACGUAGCGGUGAGUGUGCAAUGGAGACCCGAUAGUCGAAAACUACUUUGGAUUCCGUUGGAGGUCACGGUAGAGGUGAGUGCACAAUGGCGAUCCCAUCGUUGAAAUCUGCUUUGCAUUCCGUUGGAGGUCACGCUAGAGGUAAGCGUACAAUGCAGAUCCCAUCGUUGAAAGCUGCUUUGGAUUCCGGUGGAGGUCACGCUAGAGGUGAGUGUACACGGAGAUUCCAUCGCUGAAAGAAUCGACAGGCCGUCGGAGGUUUAGGAUUGCAGCAACGCUCCAUGGCGCCAGAGGUGAUAGGAGAUAGUGCUCCAAGUAAGUACCUUCAAUACGACCUGCAUUACCAUCAGUUUUGCAGCAUACAACGCAGAAACUGUAUGACGCUGAGUUAAAGGUCAUAUGAAUUCCUUCCGAAUGCGCAUGUUUGUCAGUCCGCCAUCUGGAUGACCUGCUGCAUUGAAUUUUUCACACUGGCUUCCCCGGUGAUAACACAACUCGUACAAUUGUCUUUAAUGAACGGGACAUGGCGUUACCUGGUCCUUCACUGCUCAAGAGCAUUCGCUGCGGACGUCGUUGUCGGGCGGCCACAGUGUAAGCACUUAACGACGCAAUAAAGACUCUGCAUCAGUCAGUAUGACUGUGCCAUCAGCGUCCGGACACGUCCGAUAAUCCGGACAUGUCCGAAUAGCUGCAUGCACUGCCACAUGGGAGUUGAACAUUUACAAAUUUGCGUGUCUUGGACCUAAUUUGGAUAUAUUGUUUUUUUGGGUCUGGUUUUUACCGUGUACUGUGCCAUCCUGCAUUGCUGAUGUAAGCGGAUUCGUUUGACUCAUGGGUUGUCUUGGCAACGAAUCUAAAGAGCAAGGAGGAUUCCCGACAAAUCGCUAAACUGCGAACAAAUUUCAAAGUUUUUUGCAAAAGGCGUUUUCAUUCUUGCUGACCGGGAGACUCAUUGCACGGCACCCUACAUACAUAACCUUCCUGCGAACCUCCAAGAAUUGCGUAUCUCCUCGUUUGCCCUACUCACUUCCGAUCACAUACAUAAUAUCAAAAUGGUCAACGCUGCAAGGUUAAUAACACAAAUAGUCAUUGUCGGUUCUCAAAUUCUGGGUCGGGCUUUCGUCGAAGCAUACAAACAAGCAGCAAAGAAUGCGGCUCAGAAUGCAGCGGCUGGUGGAACAGGGCGUGCGGCGGUAGAUGCCGCCACGCGGAAAACGGGGAUAACGGUGGAGGAAGCAGCUCAGAUUCUGAAUGUGGACAAGACGGCAUCGAUGGAAGAGUUGUUAAAGAGAUAUGAGCAUUUGUUCAAACAAAAUGAUCCAAAAGAGGGAGGAUCAUUCUAUCUGCAGUCGAAGGUGUAUCGAGCUAAAGAGCGGCUAGAGUUGGAGUUGAAACGAAGAACAGAGGGAGCUGAAAAGAGUGCGCCAUCAAAUUAAGACAUGAAUGAUGGAAAGCGGGACUGCUCUUCGUCUCUGUAUUCUCCUCAUCUCGUCCCACAAUCAAGUUCGUGCUUGAUAGUGGUUUGUAAAUUCCGUCCUUUUCAUUUAGCCUAGACUAGAUUUCCUCCAGCACACGCACACAGAAUAUAAUUUAGUUUAUCCCCAAGUCACAUUGUUUAAAACAGGAUAUUCAUUAACGGGUCUAUACACAAAAUAAGAAAUCGAAAUCGUCACGAUAUACAAAGAAAAAAGCUUCGAAAAGUAGCGCUGUUCAGUGGCUUCCGGAUUUGCGGAUGAUCUUAUCACCAUUCGUCCUCCCAGUGAUGUGAAUAAAUCCUU